AUGAUGGCCGUGUUUAUUAUAUUGCUAGUGGGGGUUGGAGUGUCAGCAACUUCACCAAGAGAGCCAAGAGAAGGAAUCCCGGUCCCGAUCACGAUCAAGUCGAUCGUGCCCAUAGAAUGCGGUCCCAACUCACACUUCGUGCGAUGUUCUAAAAUAUGCCCUCCACAAGAUUGUUCUGCUCUUAUAGACCCAUACUGGUUGUGCGAGAAUCCAGGUUGCAAAGCUGAAUGUAGAUGCAACGACGGUUUUUAUCGUCAGAACGGAACAUGCAUUUCUCGGGACGAGUGCCUCGCACAAUGUGGUCCUCUGGAACGCUACGUGGCCGACAGCACCGAUUGUCAGAGGACAUGUGCCAACUACAAGGUCACUGCACCACGGAGCCUGUGCAAGCCCUUCUCUGGGUGCGUCUGUGAAGAGGGGCGGGUGAGGCUGAACGAUAACGCCACUGGCCCCUGUGUGCUUCCAAAAGAUUGCCCGGCUCGAAAAUGUCCGAUCCAUGAACACUGGCAAGAUUGUCCCAGUGUAUGCGCCAACGAAACGUGUAUGUCGAAAAGUCCGACUUACAAAUGCCUGUUGCCAGCUAUUCCGCUACCGUGCAAAGGGCGAUGCAUCUGCGACAAGGGAUAUUUGAGGAAUCAUCUUGGAGACUGUAUACCUGAGAAUCAUUGCCCAAUUAAGGAAUGUCCAAUAAAUGAAGUGUGGCGCUGCGCCUCUACGUGCCCGUGGGAUUCCUGCAAGCGGCUGGAGGCCGGCUUCCAAUGUCCGUCGGGUAUCAUAUCAGUAUGCAUACCCGCCUGCGCCUGCAAAGAUGGAUAUCUGAGAAACGACAAAGGAAUUUGCAUACCAAGGGAAUUAUGUCCGGCAUCUCUUCGUUGCGGUAUAAACGAAGUAGCUGUGGAGUGCCAAGCGUAUCCGCCGCAAACGUGCGAGUCUGUGUACACACUGUACAAGUUGAUAGAGGACUCGCCCUGCAACCCGGGCUGCGACUGCAGGUCUGGCUACUUGAGAAACAGGCGCAACAUUUGCGUACCAAGCGAGUGUUGUCCAACAGUGCCUUACUGCAAAUGUGGACCUAACCAAGUGUACAAGGAAUGCGGUACCAUUUGCGAACCAAGUUGCUCUGAUCUAGAUAACCCACCGCAAGUGUGUCCUGAGGUAUGCGUCGAAGGUUGCUUCUGCAAAGAAGGAUUCCUUAAGGAUGAACACGGAAAUUGUGUUUAUCCAAGUCAAUGUCCUCUACCAAUCUGUACCAAACCAAACGAAGUGGCAAAGGAUUGCGGAUCAUAUUGCGAGAUCAGGACUUGUGAAGACUACAAUAGAACUGACAUCGUCUGCCCCGCCGUGUGCGUACGCGGAUGCUUCUGUCGCAAGGGUUACGUCAGGAACGCGUACGGUGUUUGUAUACACCCGAAAAAAUGCCCGUCAAAGCCAGUGUGCCUUCAAGAGCACGAAGAAUACCAGUCAUGUGGAUCCAGCUGCCCAGACAAUUGUGACAACUACAAGAACCCCGACCGCAUUUGCACAGCGCAAUGCGUCGCUGGGUGCAAUUGCAAGAAAGGCUACGUCAGAAACCUCAAGGACGGCACUUGCAUAAAGCCAGAACAAUGUCCUAUUAAAAAAUGCACAGGCGACAACGAAGAGCUAAACUACUGCGCCUCCUACUGCCCUGUUACAUGCGCAAACCGCUACACACAAGGCGACUGGGUUUGCAUCACACUCUGCCGUGUGGCCUGCGACUGCAUUCCUGGCACACUAAGGAACGACACUGGAUCUUGCGUUCCUGUUGAUCAAUGCACACCCCCAAUUUGUAGGGAAAACGAAAAAUAUAUGAAGUGUGGUACCGCAUGUCCGAUAACAUGUGACAAUUAUAAAAAUCCUCCUAAAUUCUGCACUGACCAGUGUGUCGAGGAUUGUUUCUGCAAAGAAGGUUACGUCAGAAACCGCUUCGGGCGUUGCGUGAAACCAGAAGAUUGUGAACCCAUUUGUCCGGCCGGCGAAAAGUGGAACGAAUGCUCAGCCCAUUGUCAAGAUACUUGUGAAAACUACAACUCCUCAAACAGGAUAUGCACUUACCAGUGUCAAUCUGGAUGCGUGUGUGAGACAGGCACCGUCAGAAGAAAGGAUGGCAAAUGUGUACUACCUACCGAAUGUACCGAAAAGAUCAUCUGCCCCAUAGACGAAGUGUACGAUCCGUGUUCCGCUCAUUGCGAGCCCACCUGCGAGAACCACGGACCAGAUCGCGCCUGUACCAAAAUCUGCAAGCCUGGGUGCAAGUGCCGUGAAGGACUAGUCAGACGGAAGGAUGGCAAAUGCGUGAAGUUGAAAGAGUGCCCCGAAAAGAUCAUCUGCCCCAAAGACGAAGUGUACGAUCCGUGUUCCGCUCAUUGCGAGCCCACCUGCGAGAACCACGGACCGGAUCGCGCCUGUACCGCCAUCUGCAAGCCUGGCUGCAAGUGCCGUGAAGGACUAGUCAGACGGAAGGAUGGCAAAUGCGUGAAGUUGAACGAGUGCCAGCCCACGUGCCCUUCGUCUGAACACUAUGAUGAGUGCAACGCGCACUGCGAAGAGACUUGCGAAUUGCACGGUUCCAAUGUAACUUGCUUGCCCUAUUGCAAAGCUGGUUGCAUGUGCAAUAAGGGACUAGUGCGGAGGAAGGAUGGUCAAUGUGUGAAUUUAGAAGAUUGCUAUGAUCUCUGUCCUUCGAACGAAGUGUACGAUCCCUGCAUUACGCCGAAGUGCCCACCGGGAAAAUCGUGCAUCCAAGGUUGUAGACCCGGCUGUAGGUGCAAGAAAGGGCUGGUGAGAGAUAAGAGAGGAAAAUGUGUCAAUCCCAAGUGCCCAGUUAACGAGCAAUGGGUGGAUUGUGUACUCGCUCUCUGCAUAGCACUGAGGUGCGAUCAGCUCGGCUUUCCUAUCGGCUGUCCAGGCAUUGUUGGACCGUGCGACGGCGGUUGCGUUUGUGCCAAAAACUACGUAUGGGACAGUAACAACGUCUGCAUUCCAAAGCAAAAUUGCCCAAGUUGCAAUAAUGACUUCAACGCUACAUCUGGAUGUGGUAAUCACUGUGGAAGACAAUGUACUGACUACAAGAACCCUCCUAAGUGUAACGUUCUACAGCUUUGUGAAUACAAUGGAUGUGACUGCAAAAAAGGAUUUGUAUGGGACAUAGUUACAGGUCAAUGUCUGGAUCCAGUCGAUUGUCCGGUUCCUUGCAAAGGAGACUUAUACGCGGAAAAGGUGAAGUGUCCAAAUCCGUGUCCAGCCACUUGCUCCAGGCCAACCACUGCCAUUUGUCCCAGGGUCUGCCUCAAAGAAGGUUGCCAAUGCAGAUCUGGAUUCGUUCUAAAUCCGGAUGGAAAAUGUGUAUGGCCCGAAAAUUGUCCAGAUAACCUCGGAUGCAACGGAGAUCCUAAUGCCCAAAUAAAUAAUUGUGUCUCGCUAUGUGAACCCACCUGUGGAAAGAAUGCUGUAUUCUGCCCUGCAGUAUGCCGACUGGGUUGCAAAUGCAAAAGCGGAUUUAUACUUUCGAAGUCCGGUGGUAUAUGCAUAAAACCUGAAAAAUGUGUCAACGCCACUACCACUACGGAGGCGCCGUGUAAGAAAGGCAGCCCAAGACCUACGCGCGACACGGGCUCGACCACUAAUGACGCGCAUGCGACAGGGUCGACGGGUGGACAACAAAACACGAAUUCUUCGUCAAAUGCAUUAAUAUUAUGCCCUAAUGAUGAAAUCUGGAUUGACUGCAAACCCGGUUAUUGUAAGCCACAAUACUGCCGGGAUAUAGGCAGACUCAUAGCUUGCCCGCAAGUUGCCGACCCCUGUCCGGGAGGCUGUAUUUGUAGAAAAGGCCUACUCAGGAGAGAUGGAGAUGGAGUUUGCAUUCCAGAAAAUGAAUGCCCCAUCAAUCAACCUUGUUCUGACCCAAACGCAAUCAGAAAAAAAUGUGCAUCGCAUGAGUCUUGCAGACCAACAUGCUCUGUGCCAAACCCAAAAAUCUGCCCUAGAAUAUGCAUUAUAAACGGAUGUGAAUGUAAGAAAGGAUACGUUUUGUCAGGGCCAAGGGGAAUAUGCACGAAAAUAGAGGAUUGUCCCAAAGGUAACGUCAGCUGUAAUGGAGAUCCCAAUGCGGAGAUAAUGGCAUUCCCCCCGCCAUGUCCGUCGACGUGCGAGAUGCCGAACGGGAUCCCGGGAUGUUUGAUGAUAGGGCAGGACGUAGGAUGCGUAUGUAAACCUGGAUACAUAAAAGACGACAACGGCAAAUGCAUUCUACCAGAUAACUGCAAAGGUGGAAAUCCUUGCGGUGCAAAUGCAUCUUUCGCUUGGUGUAAAGUAAUUUGCCCAAACAACUACUGCCCGGUGGACGAUAGCAGGGCCAUAAUCGCAUGUGACCCUCCUUACCCAUGCCCCAGCGGCUGUGUUUGUAAACUAAACCACAGAAUAAAGAGCCAGAAUGAUCACAGAUGUAUUUUAAGUUCAGACUGCCCUCCCGUAAACUGUACUCGUCCUAACGAAAAAUGGAGUCCCUGUCCAUCAGCCUGCCUCAGUGAAAACUGCGAAGAUGUGAACAACCAACCUACCACGUGUAACACGUUAGUUCUAAAUUGCGAUCCGAGGUGCAUUUGUAAAAAAGGACACUUUAGAAACGCAUCGGACAUAUGCGUUCCAGCAAAAGAUUGUCCAAAUAACCAACCGAAACCCUGCGACGACCCCAAUGCAGAGAGGUUAGAAUGCGCACCGGCACCCUCAUGCCGAUCUACGUGCGCAACACCUAACCCAUCUCCAUGCAUACUAAUCUGUGCAGUUAACGAUUGUGUCUGUAAAAAAGGCUUUGUUCUGUCAAAGAAGGGUGGAAAAUGUAUACCCGUGGAUCAGUGUCCAAAAAAUGUACCUUGCAACGGAGACAGCAAUGCCGUGAUAAUAGCCAAUCCGCCACCUUGCCCGUCGACCUGCGACUCUCCCAACGCCAGUUAUUUGUGCAGGAGAGCCGUGCCGCCUGUAGCCUGCAAAUGCAAAGAUGGCUUAAUUAAAGCCACUUACGAUGGCAAAUGUAUCAAGCCAGAAGAAUGUCCAGGUGGAAAUCCUUGCGGACCAAAUUCAACAUUUGUGCCCUGCAACGUCCGUUGCACUAAUGGGUAUUGUCCAGUCGAUGAUAAGCCGGUGAUUACUCCUUGCGAACAACCUUACCCCUGUCCAAGCGGCUGUGCAUGCAAAAUUAACUAUAAAAGAAAAAGCAUCAAUGAUGAUAGAUGUAUAUUAGCUUCGACCUGCCCCCCCGUUAAGUGUACUCGCCCCAAUGAAAUUUGGAAUCCCUGUCCCGAAUGUCUCGCAGAAAGCUGUGCAGACGUUAACAACCAACCUACCACAUGCAAUACAUUGAUCUUGAACUGCCAGCCGCAGUGCGUCUGUAAAAAGGGGUAUUUCAGGAAUAGCACUAUAAGCAUCGGUUUUACCAAAGAUAAAUGCAUUCCAGCAAAAGAUUGCCCCCAAAACAAGCCCUGUGAAGACCCCAAUGCGGAGAGGGUGCAAUGCGCACCGGACCCCUCCUGCCGGUCAACCUGCGCUACGCCCAAUCCAUCGCCUUGCAUAGAGAUUUGCGUGAUUAAUCAAUGUAUCUGCAAAAAAGGCUACGUUUUGUCAAAGAAGGGUGGAAAGUGCAUACCCGUAGAUCAGUGUCCAAAAGAUGUACCCUGCAACGGAGACUGGAACGCCGUUAUUAAGGCCAACCCUAUCCCUUGUCCGUCGACUUGCAGCGUUCCCAACGCUAGCCCUUUGUGCAAGAGGUACGCCCCGCCGGUGGGCUGCGAAUGCAAGCCAGGCUACCUCCUCAAUGAUGACGAAGACAAGUGUAUUACACCUGAUCAAUGUCCAGGUGGCAACCCUUGUGGGAAAAACGCAACUUUUGUACCGUGCGUCGUCAACUGCCCCAACAACGUCUGCCCAGUAGGCGAUAGUAAAGAAAUCAUCGCCUGCAGCCCACCGCACCCGUGCCCCAGCGGCUGCUCAUGUAAAAAGGGGUAUAAAAGAAAGAGCAGUUCUGAUUACACGUGUAUUUUGGCUUCGGAUUGUCCUCCACCGAUAAAAUGCAAAAAAUACGAAGUAUACAACCCGUGUAGUAUAAUAUGUCCCCCUCAAACGUGUGCGUCCAUCUACACCGACUACGAUUGCCGUGGCGCGACGAAGUGCGUGCCUGGCUGCGACUGCAUCCCCGAGUACUUGAGGAACGGAACGGAAAAGGACCCCUGUAUACCUAGCGACCUGUGCCCACCCCCCGAACCAGUAUGCGGCACCAACGAACAUUAUGAAAUAAAUAGAGUCAAGUGCGAUCUGACUUGCAAGAACUACCACUUGGAACCAAUAAUGGGUCCUUGUCAGCCAACCAGCGCCUGCUUUUGCGAUGAAGGCUACGUCAGAAACUCUAAUGGAUUGUGCAUUCCAAAGAAAAAAUGCCCUCAAAAUUUAGUAUGCCCGCCGAACGAAGUGGUGUCCGAAUGUUACAACAGCUGCCUCAUGACCUGCAAGACCAGGCUCCGGAGCGACGGUAGAAUGUGCCACUUGGCAUGCAUCGAGACCGGCUGCGUUUGCAAGGAAGGCUACCUGAGACACGACAAUGGCACUUGUGUUCCUAUCAACCAGUGCUCGCCACCUCGCUGCAAUGACGAUGAAACCUACUCGAAGUGCGGUACCGCGUGUCCCCCGACUUGUCAGAACAGAGGCGACAAUUGCACUGUCUGCACUGAACAGUGCGUCGAGGAUUGCUUCUGCAACAAGGGCCUCGUGCGCUCUGAUGACGGCUGCUGCAUUAAUCCUGAAUGCUGUCCGCAUCGCAUCUGUGGUUCUAAUGAAAUACUCGACCCAUGCCCCCCUACGUGUCCGCCUACGGAUAACUGCUCGAACAUGUGGUCAAAGUUUGACUGCACCAACGCUAUCAAGUGCUGCAAGCCUCAGUGUCGUUGCAAGUCUGGCUACCUCAGAAAGAAUACAGUCUGCGUCCCUACUGAACAAUGUUUGACUUAAUUAAGGAUCGAUCACACUGUUACUUGACGCAGCGUAAACGCAUUGCCCCGUCUUAAGCUCUGGUUUCCUAGGAUAGCGGUGCCGUAAUAUAGCGGCCGUCUCCAUACAAAAUACUACGACAUCCAUAUUUAGCCGUAUUAUUUUGUAUGGAGAGUUGGAGACAG